AUGGUUGUCGACGCCAAAGUAUUCGCCGUGUUCGUUGCCACGUCCCGCGUCUCAGACUCUGCCGAGGGGCAGCCGAGAGUGGUCAGCCAUUGGCGGUGCCACAUUGCCAAGCAACAGAUCUCGCCUCACAAAGCCAUGUUUCAUAUCAUGGACGGUUCAUGCGUGGCUUUUGAUGCAGGCUGCGUUGUUGCUCCUGGGCAUGAAAUCACGCUGCGCCCUCGCGCAGAGUUCCAGAACGAUGUCCAGGCCAUGAAUCGGGUGGAUCGCCCUUUCAAAUGGAUGGUGGCUUAUUUCGUCAUGACCUCCGACGCUUCCGAUGGCGACCUGCGCGGCGCCGAACCAGAUGGCGAAUCCGACCGCGAGCCCGACCUGGCGUCCGACCGCGACAGCGAGGCAUCGCCGCAGCAGGAGGAGUCCGACGACAGCCCGACCAGCGACGACGGCGACCCUGCUGACAUGGAGCACGGCAGAUGCCAGAUCACGCGCACUGCGCGCCCUGGGCGUAGAGCGGCCCAGGGCAGGCCAUUGGGUCUCAUUGCCGCUUGGCUCGCCCAGCGCAGGUGCCCAGCUUUCCCUGCGAAGGCGCUGCGCCUGCGCGCCUGCCAGCCCGCGUUUGCGGAGCGCGCGGCGGCGCGCCAGCCAUUAGAGCAGUUGCCUGACGCGGAGGCCCUGCUCAGAGAGGAGCGGCCGCUGCGCGACUGA